AUGGAAGGAAGGAUAGUUGCUUUCAGAAGCAAUCCUCCAUUGUCCAAAGCCGACACUAGAGCUUUGAGUGGAGGAUUGGUGAAGCAUGAUACGUGUGUUUGCUUGACGGGUUGCCCGAAUGCAUUACCUGUGGGUAGUCGGCUUAAAAGUGUUGGUUUUGGUGAUGGAAUUUGUCAUAAGUGUUCUAACGGGGAGGAGACGAUUAUACAUGUCAUGAGGGACUGUCCUGUAACUUUGGAGACUUUAUGUCUAGCAGAUCUGCCUCCUUUUAUAUUUUUGUGUACUAUGAAUGUCUGGAAUAAUCGAAACUCCUUUGUUCAUUCUGACAGGUUACAAUCGGCAUGGCUCUUGGUGACGAAUGCAAAGAUACUACACCAGGACUAUUUAAGGGCUAUUAGUAUGGGGAUGAAUAAACAACGGUCUACAAAUAUUGUUAUACGAUGGACUCCACCUUUGGAGGGAGUUAUCAAAGUGAAUGUUGAUGGUCCCUUUGUUGCGGAGCGCCGACUGUCUGCAAUUGGAGUUGUUGCUCGUGAUAAGUGCGGACAUGUUUGUGGUGGUUUGGCCCAAUCUUCUGUUGGAUGUUUUGAGGCGGGUUUUGCGGAACUAUCUGCUUUACUCGCUGGUUUAGAAUGA